ACAAAGUUUAACUGCAAAACUUUCAGAACUGUCAAACCGACCGGAACAUUUUCUGGAGCCCCGGUGAGGUUUAACACCCGCCCAUCUCUCAUCAGACCAGAGACCCUCCCUCCUCGGAGAAAAACACAGAAUACAGAACAGAACCAGCUGGGUCCUCAGACACGUCUUUAUCAAAACAAGAUGAAAACGUUCAUGUUGUUGCUUCUCUUCUGUCACGUCUCAUCUCCAGUGAAACACUCAUUCAAGAUUUUACUCACUGGAUCUUCUGGACUCCCAAACUUCCCAGAGUUUGUGGGUGCUACAGUGGUGGAUGAAGUUCUGGUGGGUUACUCGACACCAAGAAAAGAUACUAGAAUGCAAACAGGACUGGGUGAAAACCUUUUUGAAAACAAUCCUCAGCAGUUGGAGUUUUACACUGAAAGAUGUUCUGAGACUGAGCCAAACACCUUUAAAGCCAGAAUAGAUAACUUCAAGCAGCACUUCAACCAAAGUGGAGGUGUCCACAUUCUCCAGAGGAUGAAUGGCUGUGAGUGGGACAUUGAGACUGGAGAGGUCAGUGGUUUUGAUCAGUAUGGUUAUGAUGGAGAAGACUUGCUAGCAUUCGACCUGAAUACAUCGACAUGGAUCGCUCUGAAACCACAGGCUGUCAUCAUCAAACAAAGAUGGGAUGCUGACAAAUCUACAAUAAAACAUAUUAAGAUUCUCCUCACUCAGAUUUGUCCUGAAUGGCUGAAGAUGUAUUUGGACUACAGCAAGAGGUUUCUGCUGAGAAAAGCGGCCUGCUGUCGAGAAGGCAACUCUAACAUGUUCAUUCUCAUCGCUGCUGGAGUGGCUGUUCUUGUUGUUCUUGCUGUCUACAUCGCCGCUGCCACUGGAUUCAAUUUUUACAAAAAUAAGAAAACCAAACUCCCUCCACAAUAGGCUGGAAAUCCUGAACACCUUUUGGUGGAUCUGCAGAGUUCAUCUGAACGACCAGCCUCUGGACAGGCUGCAUCAUCCUCUGGUUAUUAAAGGCAGCUCAGUAACAGUGGCUUUUUCCUUACAGCUCCUCACAACAUCUCUACGCACUCUAUGUCAACGAGCAUAAACUUCUGAUUUAUAAACCCAUCCUGCACACAGAGAGUUAUUUCAAAUGGGACGGUAAGCAGUAAAUGCUGUGACGUGAACUAUUCACAUCUCCAGUUAAACAACACCUGAAAUGAUAAGCUUCCUACAACACACCUUUAUAUUAAAGCCCCUAAAAAACGUACUUUAGAAAUCUUGAGUAUAACUAUAACAUGAAAUAGUCAUGAAGCAACAAGCAACAAAAGAAAAAUGUUUUAAAUUUCUUCAUUAAGAGUUGACAAAAUGUUGAGUUUGUCGCCAGUGGAAUUGAAAAUCUUUAUGGUGAAGUAUAUGUUUGUGUGUGUGUAAUUAAAAUUAUUUCUGUAUUAUAGGUUUAUAUACUCAAACAUUCAGUUCAUAUACUCACUGUAUAACUAUAUAACUCUAUUUGUACUCUAUGUAGAUAUGCAUAUGGUUUGGGUCUUAUAGAUAAACUACUGUAACAUGUAUGGAACCAUCCCAAUGAAGUAGGGGUAAAUAAAAUGACAACUUGAGAGAAACAUCCUGAUUAUUUAACUUAAUUAAAAGAAAAAUGUUGUGUAAAUAUUCUGAUUUAUAUAUUUUUUUAAAGUGUGGUUUUGGUCUUUAAUAAUCUCAGCCAACACUCAGCAUGUCAGAUGUGUUUGAUAUUCU